AUGGGGCUGCGCGCGGGCGGAGCGCUGGGGAGGGCCGGGCCGGGCCGGGGGGCGCCCGGGGGACCCGCGCCCGGCGGCGGCGAAGGCGCGCAGGGCGGCAGCAUCCACUCGGGCUGCAUCGCCGCGGUGCACAACGUGCCGCUGAGGGUGCUCAUCCGGCCGCUGCCGUCCGUGCUGGACCCGGCCAAGGUGCAGAGCCUGGUGGACACGAUCCGGGAGGACCCGGACAGCGUCCCCCCCAUCGAUGUCCUCUGGAUCAAAGGAGCCCAGGGCGGUGACUACUUCUACUCCUUCGGGGGCUGCCACCGUUACGCAGCGUACCAGCAGCUACAGCGAGAGACCAUCCCCGCCAAGCUUGUCCAGUCCACCAUCUCGGACCUGAGGGUGUACCUGGGUUCUUCCACGCCGGACUUGCAAUAG